AUGGGCGUGGGACCCCUGGUGGUAGAAGUCUUAGUGACGUUUGUGGUAGCGGCUGUGGUGCUUUUCCACUAUGGCAAUUGGUAUCGCCAUCAUAUCGUGGUCACAGUCGCAGUACUGGUGGCCUGGUAUUUCUCUAUGCUCAUCGUCUUUAUUCUGCCACUUGACGUGUCCAAUACCAUAUACCAAAACUGCCUCCCAGAUGUCGCUGAUACACUGAAGGUGCAGAAAUUACUUCCUGCAACCCCAAGCAACUUGACCAAUGAGACCAGCCUGCUCUCAGACCCACUUGACGAUGGCAGUGUUACAAACAUCUCAGUGACAACAUUGGCCCCCUCCCCCAUCCCUCCCCCUGUACCUGGGUGCCACAUGCCCUGGAGUUUUGUGCCAGCUGGAGUCUUUCCUGUGUUUUGGAGGGUUGUCUACUGGACCUCACAAUUUCUUACCUGGUUGAUCUUGCCUCUCAUGCAGUCGUACACUAAGGCUGGAGACUUCACCUUCAGCACCAAGCUCCGAUCCGCCCUCAUAGACAACGCCAUUUAUUAUGGAUCAUACCUUCUUAUUGUAGGGAUACUGCUUCUCUACAUUGCCCUGACAAAUCUUGAAUUGGAUGGAGCAAAACUCAGAGCCAUUGCUGCCUCUGCCUCCAACACAUGGGGUCUGUUCUGGCUGGUGUUACUUCUUGGCUAUGGAUUAGUGGAAGUUCCGCGCUCAAUUUGGCACUCCGCCUCCACCCUGCAUACACUCCACCAUGCAUACUUCCGUGCAGCAAAGCUCUCCCAAGAAAAAGCUGAAGCCAAUGAGCAUGUCAGUGAUUUGCUACAGAGCAUGCGGGCCCUGGGGGGAAGCAUUGGCUUGGGCCACCCACUACGUUCACACAUGGAUGUCAUUGAAAACAAGGUCCCUUCAGAGCUCCUGGACAGAGUUCGCCAGCACCCCACUCCUGACUCCCCACAUGCAGAUGUACCCUCCGAGAAGGCACUAGUCAGGUUGCACAAGCAGUUGAUAAAGGCCCUGCAAAACCAGAGACGCGUGGAGACUCAGUGGGGCUUGCUAGUGGAGAACAUUGCAUACUUGGAAGACACACACCGGAAUGCAGUCUCUCAUGAUACCUCUUUCAAGCACUCAACUCCACCCCGAAGGCAUUAUCUCAUCUCUUAUGUUUAUACCCCUACUGUAGAGUGGUUGUGGCGUUGUCGCAUCCGUGGCUACCUACUGCGUUCAGUGGCUGUGUGCUGUGCUCUGGUGUCAGUGGCCGUGGUGUGGUCCGAGCUCACCUUCUUCAGCACAUCUCCCACCAUCUCACUCUUUGCUGUCUUUGUCAACCUUGCCAAGGCCAGCUACGAUUACUUCACCAUCGAGGUCAUAUCAUCCCUAACCAUGGCAUACAUCGCUCUGUGUGCAUACUCAACCCUCUUCAAGAUCCGUGUACUCAACCUGUACUACCUGGCUCCACACCACCAGACGGAUGAGUACUCGCUCAUCUUCUCUGGGAUGAUGCUGUGUCGACUCACCCCUCCCAUGUGCCUCAACUUCCUCUCCCUCAUUCACAUGGACUCGCACGUCAUCAAAGUCCAUACGGACGAAACACAUUACACGCAGAUAAUGGGCCAUAUGGACGUGAUCAAGAUUAUCAGUGAUGGCUUCAACAUCUACUUCCCAAUGAUGAUAGUUGCCCUGUGUCUUGCCACCUACUACAGCCUAGGCUCACGCCUCCUCUCUGCUCUGGGCUUCCAACAGUUCAUGUCAGAUGAUGACCUCACUUCUGACCUCAUUGAAGAAGGAAAGACACUUGUGAAUAGAGAGACACGGCGACGCCAGAGGCAAGAGGACAAUGCUGCUCGUCGUAGGGAGUUUGCAGAGAGGUUUGGGGGCGGUGAGUCAUCUGCCAGUAUGUACAGAUCUGCCCGUCAACGUGCCGAGGAGCUAGUGCGUCCCAUAAAACGUGAGGACUCUUCUGAGUCAGCCCACCUGGAGCUCCUCGGGGGUUCAGACAACAUUGCUGACUAUUCAUCCCAUACAACCACCUCCUCCUUGACCCUUGAGGAUGAGAUGGAAGCUGGGCGUGGUAGUGCUAGGAUCUCUGGUUUUUCUGGCCUAGCACAAUACUCAAGGGCCAGGACUCACAAGCCUGACAAAGGCCUGUUCGAUGAUGUCUGAGUCAGCCAUGGUUUGAGUACUGAAAAACUAUCAUGUCUUGUAAUGUGGAAGAUGUCCAUGUUCAUUAAAACUAGAAAUGUAGAUGGCCAUAAGUACUGUAUUUUUAUUUAGUUUAUUAUAUUCAGUGGUAAUGUGUAUGUGUGCGUGAGAGAGAAAAUGAGAUAGAGAGAGAGAAUGUGUAUGUGUGUGUAUGUGUUCAUGUGUGUAGGUCUGUGUGGGCAGGUAAGUGCGUGCUUAUGUGCAUCCUAUCAUGCCAUAGUAUGCCCAGAUAUUCAGAAGGUUCUUUGUAUCUAUAUGCCUUCAGAAUAAUACUGAAAGCUAUUCCCUGACUGUCCCCUUGUUGUCUCUUUCUCUCUUUCCCUUCUUCUCAUAUUGUUGUCCUUAAUUCUCUCCCUUUCCACCUCUCUGUAGUCAAGUCCUCCCCCAAGAACUCACAAGCUCUUUUCGGUCUAUUUCUGUUCUUCAAGAAGUGGCAACAAGCUAAGAGUGUUUGAUUGUGUAUUAACAUAUAUUUAUAUAUAUGUGCGUGCGGGCGGGGGGCGGGCGGGCGUGCGUGCGUGCGUGCGUGCGUGCGUGCGUGCGUGCGUGCGUGCGUGCGUGCAUGCGUGCGUGUGUGCGUGUGUGUGUGUGUUUAAUUUAUAUGUGCAUUUGUGUAUGCUUGUGUUUUUUAGUUAAAAUACAAUGGUUGUCUUCAGAUUGGAAGUCGAAGGAGGAGACAGCAGCUAUAUGACACUGGGGAGCAGCUUGCCCUUAUUAUCAUGGAAAAUGUAUAUCCUCAGCUAAGAUGAGCUGUAGACCCACAGAACAGUUGUCUUUGAAGAACAUUGCACACUUCUUGAAAAAAUGAAAAUGGAAAAAAAAUACAACAAUUUGAAAUAGUAUUGAUAAUAAUGAUUACUAAUUUUGCUGAUUUGACUUUAUUUGUUUUCCAUACUAAUUGAUAAUUUUAUGCCAUAAUUUUGUGUUCAUUGCUCAUUGCACCUGUAUUACUUAUCAUUCGUUUGUGAUUAAUUAAUUGUGAUUUCUUAGCUUAUGGUUUUGUGUGUGUGAUUGCGUCACAUUUUGUGCUUCCCAAACCCAUUGCUUCAUUUUAUAUCAGAGUGUUUUAUUUGAAAUAUGUAUCACUUUCAUUUUUUUUAUCAAAAUUUGUAUUCCUUUUCUCCUUAAUUUUACACUAUAUCAUGUUAGUGCAAUCUCACACAUCAUUUCAUGGUAUUGGUAGUAAUGUGCAAUAAACAUCAGCAGAAAGCAACAAUGCUUUUUAGAAGAUGGAUGUGACAAUAUAAGGUAAUGCAAGGAACUAUUUUCCCCUUUUACAGGUUUGUUAUUGUCUUGUCAAGAUAACAUAUCUAGGAAUAGAGCUUUAAAGGCUUCAGCUGACAUUUAUUUUCUUGGAGGUAAAAGGAAGAAAGGAUUACAGCACUUGCAAUAUAUCCAGCAAACCAAUUGCUAAAACUGUUGUUGUGGUGAUUCAACUUGAGCAUAUUUUCUUUGUCUGGUUUUGUUUUCUUUUAUAUUUUCCCUUGAAGCUUCUCAUACACUGUAUUGAAAUGCUGUAGCAGUUUGAAAAAAAUGUUAAUCAUAGGGUUAUAAUGUAAUAAGGAGCUUAGAUAUGUGACAUUUAUUUGGAAAAUGAGAAAGCAUAUAAUAUCAGUGUUGAAUAAGUAUCAUGACUUUUCUGAA